CAUUUCGAGGCCCGGGGAGGAGCCGGCCUGGUCAGCCACCCCCAUUGGCUAGGCGACGCUUAGUAGAGCCGGAACCCGGGAGCGAGCGAAACGCAAUGACAUUUCCUCUUUAAAUAACCGGAGCCGGGGCCCCUUGGAGAAAUGGCCGCGUCGGCAGAUUUAAGUAAGUCUUCCCCAACAACGAAUGGAAUUCCGUCUUCAGAUACAACCAACGAAGCCAUGGACCCCUUCCAUGCUUGCAGUAUUCUUAAGCAACUCAAAACAAUGUACGAUGAAGGACAGUUGACAGACAUUGUAGUGGAAGUGGAUCACGGGAAAACAUUUUCCUGCCACAGAAACGUUCUUGCUGCAAUCAGCCCCUACUUCAGAUCCAUGUUCACUAGCGGCCUUACAGAAAGUACUCAGAAAGAAGUUCGAAUCAUUGGUGUUGAAGCCGAAUCAAUGGAUUUAGUAUUGAAUUAUGCCUAUACCUCUAGAGUUAUUCUGACAGAGGCCAAUGUUCAAGCCUUGUUCACUACAGCUAGCAUCUUCCAAAUUCCUUCCAUACAAGACCAGUGUGCUAAGUAUAUGAUUAGUCAUUUGGAUCCACAGAAUUCUAUUGGGGUCUUUAUCUUUGCUGAUCAUUAUGGCCAUCAGGAACUCGGAGAUCGAUCAAAAGAAUAUAUCCGUAAAAAGUUUCUGUGUGUCACCAAAGAACAAGAGUUUCUUCAGCUGACGAAAGACCAACUCAUAAGCAUACUAGAUAGUGAUGAUUUAAAUGUAGACCGGGAAGAACAUGUUUAUGAAAGCAUUGUAAGGUGGUUUGAACACGAGCAGGAUGAAAGAGAAGUACACCUUCCAGAAAUUUUUGCCAAAUGUAUACGUUUUCCUUUGAUGGAAGAUACAUUUAUUGAGAAAAUUCCACCUCAGUUUGCACAGGCCAUAGCCAAAAGCUAUGGGGAAAAAGGACUAUCCAACACCAAUGGCUGUACGCAGAGACUCGGAAUGACUGCUUCUGAAAUGAUCAUAUGUUUUGAUGCUGCACACAAACACUCAGGAAAGAAGCAAACAGUGCCUUGUCUAGAUAUAGUCACAGGAAGAGUGUUUAAACUAUGCAAACCACCAAAUGACCUAAGAGAAGUUGGGAUUCUGGUAUCGCCAGACAAUGACAUUUACAUUGCAGGAGGGUACAGGCCAAGCAGCAGUGAGGUCUCCAUCGACCAUAAGGCAGAGAAUGAUUUUUGGAUGUAUGACCAUUCCACCAAUAGAUGGCUAGCCAAGCCAUCCUUGCUUCGAGCCAGAAUAGGCUGCAAACUAGUGUAUUGCUGUGGUAAAAUGUAUGCAAUUGGAGGGCGUGUGUAUGAAGGUGAUGGCAGAAACUCCCUGAAGUCCGUGGAGUGCUAUGACAGCAGAGAGAACUGUUGGAUGACUGUUUGUGCCAUGCCAGUUGCAAUGGAGUUCCAUAAUGCUGUAGAGCACAAAGAGAAGAUCUAUGUCUUACAGGGAGAAUUUUUCCUCUUCUAUGAGCCUCAAAGAGACUACUGGGGAUUUUUAACUCCGAUGACUGUGCCUAGAACCCAGGGCUUGGCCGCUGUGUACAAAGAUUCCAUCUACUACAUAGCUGGGACCUGUGGGAAUCAUCAGCGAGUGUUUACUGUGGAAGCCUAUGACAUAGAGCUGAAUAAAUGGACUCGUAAGAAGGACUUCCCUUGUGAUCAAUCUAUAAAUCCAUACCUUAAGCUAGUACUUUUCCAGAAUAAACUCCAUUUAUUUGUUCGAGCAACUCAAGUGACUGUUGAAGAGCAUAUUUUCAGAACCAGCAGGAAAAAUUCUCUUUACCAGUAUGAUGAUGUUGCUGACCAGUGGAUGAAAGUAUACGAGACCCCAGAUCGGCUGUGGGACCUUGGCCGCCAUUUUGAGUGUGCUGUGGCUAAACUGUAUCCUCAGUGUCUUCAGAAAGUGCUCUAAUAAGUAGAGGCCUCAGCACAUUACUGGCAUCGCAUACUAAGGAACCUUGCUUGGAAAAUGCUGUCAACACUGAAGAAAGCUGAGAGUUUUGUAUACAGAAAUGGGUGCUUGUAAAGGUUGUGGUGUGGGGAGGGAUUGCUUUUACCUUCAUGAUAUUUUCAUUUCAGUAAGGAAAGGUAACAAAGUGCAAUUAUCAGCAUUUUUCCACCCCUAGCAUAAAAGUAUCAUUCUAGAACUUUGAUAAAUAGUCCCUGAGAAACCAGGUGAAUCAAGACAACUAUGCACUCUUAAAAAGCAGUUUGAGUAUUCCUGGGUAGAGACAUCCAAACUAGUUCAUGUGACUUUUUAUUUUAAAUACGGGUAACAGUAUGAGGCAAUAUCAUUUAUUUAGCUGUGAUCUCUCUUAACACAGAGAAGCACUAACUUAGAUCCUCAUUCUUACUAUUUAUAUGUAUUUACAUAUCUAUUUUUGUGUACUGUUUUCAAGUAUAUGAGAUUUAAUGUGCUCUGUCAAACUGAAGAAAACGCAGUCUCAGAAAGAAAUUUUAGUCAGAUUGUUUCAUAUUCUUGUGUAACUUUAAGUUCAAACUUUGAAGUGGCAGUUUCUGUCUAUAACUUUUCCAAGUGCUAUCACUGUCUCACUUUUUAAAAUCUCAGAAAGGGCUCAGAUUUGCAGGUGACUGGUGCUCGUAUAAGUUAAUUCAUGUGUAUAAGUUAAUUCAUGUUUAGGUAGAUCGAUUUAAAUGGUUUGACUCUGUUUAUCAGAUUAACAUGCUAGUUCCAUGGCCAUGGCACUUUACCUUGUGACUCCACAAGGUCUGCUGUUUGUACUGGAUUCAGUUUUACAAUUCCAAGUUUGCACUAACAUGGGCUGUUUGUUGCCCAACCUCUUUAUCCAUCUUCUACUUGUCCAGCUGUUGUUGGUACUGUGACAGUUAACUUAUAAUGUGAAGUUUUACACCUACUUUUACAAUUCUGUUUUCUAGAAAUAGUCUUGCAAUGAUCUGAUAAUUCAGUGGCUUUUAAGGUUCAUAUUGCAGUUACAACCUCUGUUUUUUGCAUUUAGUGGUAGUGAAUAUUUUUCUGUUAUAACACUUAUUCUAGCUGAAGGCGAUGUAGAAGGAAGGAUAAGUGAGUGAAUCAGUUAGUUAGGAAUACUAACAUGAAGAACAAACCAAGUCCUUUUGUGCCUAAAGCAGGCAUUUGGAUUGUACUCAUUACUAUGCUUACUAUAACAUACACAUAAGGCCAGAGUCUGUCCUCAGU